AUGUCGGCCUUAGCUAACUUUGGGCUUGCAAUCCUAUUGGGGCUGACGAAUCAUUUUUUGCCCGGCCUCAUCGGCACAACAUCCGAAGCACAGUUCAUCGGCGAAGUCGCAUUCCCUCUUCUCCAACUUUACAUUGUUUACAAAAAUCCCGUCUCUAGCCUUGCUUAUGUCCUGUCUAGAUGGCGAGGGGUCAACAACAAAGUCUACGGCAGUAUCGACUUAGCAGUAUUCUGGAUAAACUGGAUCGUUGUCGUGUACUUGUGGGUUAUCACCCCGGCAAACGAAAAGCUUAAUCGGUGGGCUCGUAACAAAUGGCUGUGGGAGUUCAAGAAAGAUCCUCUCAUGAGGUUUGCCGCGGAGGAGAAGAAGUGGAAAUGGCCCAACGAAAUCGCUGUCAUUACUGGAGCCUCAAAUGGAAUCGGGGCCUUUGUUGCGCAGGGGCUUGCGGCUAAAGGCAUGAAGGUGGCUGUUUUGGAUGUUCAACCGCCGGCUGAGGAGGUUCUGAAGGAUGGCCCUAACAUUACAUAUUUCGAAUGUGAUAUUACUUCUCCCGAAGCAGUAUGCCACAGCGCCGACAUGGUGCGCUCAACUCUCGGACAACCUUCAAUUCUCAUAAACAACGCUGGCGUCGGAAAUCAGGCCACCAUUCUCGACUUGCCACCCGCUAAAGUCCAGAACACAUUCAAUGUGAAUGUGGUAUCCCACUGGUAUACGAUCCAGGCUUUUCUCCCUGACAUGAUUGCCAAGAAAAAGGGUCACGUAGUCACCGUAGCCAGCACUAUGAGCUACGUUGGGAACCCUACCACGGUGGACUACAACGCGACCAAGGCGGCGCUACUAGGCUUGCACGACGGGCUCAACCUCGAACUGAAACAUGUGUAUCGUUGCCCAGAGAUUAAGACAACGAUUUUUCAUCCUCACUGGACCAAGACCCGGCUCAUAGAUCCAUUUGUUCCCGCAUUGCAGGCCUCGGGGGCACAGAUCAUGGAGCCGCAGCAGGUCGCAGACGCCAUCCUCAAGCAGGUCUUUAGCGGGCAGAGCGGGCAGGUUUUCGUGCCGGAAGAACACUCAUGCACAAUGCCCAUUUUGCGAGCUCUUCCCACGUGGUUGUACGAAUGGAGUCGGGACCGGGCGCUUGGUGCGUGA